AUGGAUUCGAGAGCUGUGAACCUGCCAGCCUCCCUGGACGACGUCAGGAUCAAGAAGCUACCGCCGUCGUCUUUUUACAUCGCAAACUUUAUAUCAGAGGAGGAGGAACAGUUUCUGUUGCAAAAGGACGGGUCUGCUUAUCAUCCAGUCGUGUGCACUGUCAGCCUUGGAGCAAGCCUGUGCCUGAACCUUUACGAAAGCAAAGAAGACGGCGGGUUGAAUCCGGAGCCCGUGGGACGCAUUCUCCAGGAGCCUAGGAGCCUCCUUGUCACGACUGAUGACCUUUACACCGAUUUCCUACAUGGGAUUGCCGAUAUCGAGGAGGACAUUGGACUUUCAGCCGAGAAUAUUGCGAAUUGGGACCUCCUGCGAUCGAGAUCCGAUUUCGCUGCCGGCCGAAACAUCCGUGCAACCAGAACAAGCCUCACGUAUCGCGAUGUGAUGCAGGUUUCGAAGCUUGGGGCCAAGUUUGGGUUGUUUGGGAAGAAAUGA